AUAAUGAAAAAAAUUACUACCAAACUGACUCGCAGUUUCUUACAAAGUUACAAAUAACACGGCAGUUGAAGGAAUUUUUCACAGUGAGCGACGAAAAUGGACCAGAUAGAGCACAAAUACGUUGAAGCGAACGGGCUGAAACUUCACGUGGCUGAAAUCGGGAGUGGAUCAUCGCCAGCGGUGGUUUUCUUGCAUGGUUUCCCAGAAAUAUGGUACUCCUGGCGCCACCAGAUGAUUGCAGCAGCAAGUGCCGGUUUCAGAGCCAUUUCGCUUGAUUACAGAGGUUUCGGGCUUUCCGAUCCACCACCCGAACCCCAGAAGACCACCUUCUCAGACCUCGUUGGUGACCUUCUUGCGCUUUAUGAUGCUCUUAGCAUCACCAAGGCUUUUCUGAUUGCUAAAGAUUUUGGAGCUAUUGUAGCUUCUAUAUUUGCUGUUCUCUACCAGGACAGGGUCUCGGGAUUUGUGACAUUAGGUGUGCCGUUCUACCUUCCUCGUUUUCUCACUUCUGAUAAGCACCUCCCUGAAGGCUUCUACAUGUCAAGAUGGAAGGAACCUGGGCGUGCUGAAUCCGAUUUUGGUCGACUUGAUGCCAAAACUGUAGUGAGGAAUGUUUAUAUCCUGUUUUCCAGAAGUGAAAUACCAAUCGCUCAUGAAAACGAGGAGAUCAUGGACCUGGUGGACUCGUCCACUCCUUUACCUUCUUGGUUCACUGAGGAGGAUCUUGCGACCUAUGGAAUGUUGUAUGAGAAAUCUGGGUUCCAGACUGCACUUCAGGUUCCUUAUAGGUCAUUUCACGAACAGGUUGAUAAACCGGAUCCGAAAGUUGAAGUUCCAGCUCUACUGAUCAUGGGCGAGAAAGAUUACGUGUUCAAAUUCCCAGGAAUGGCGGAUUACAUAACUAGCGGAAAAGUGAAAACAUUUGUGCCUAACUUGGAGAUAAGUUUCAUACCUGAAGGAACUCAUUUUGUUCAAGAGCAACUGGUUGCCCAGGUGAAUGAUCUUAUUCUGAACUUCCUCAGGAGCCACACUAAUUAGUUCAUCUUUCUCUAAAAAUGCUGUUGGAAUUCCUCUGUAAAAUAAACCAGUUUCACUUGUAUUUGAAUGUCCAUCCGGAUUGUGAGAUAAGUUAUUGUAAACUAUAACAAAACUAGUAUGUUCUAUCACCGAAGCUUUGUCUACAAAUUUUACAGCCUUACACAUACUUAAGGUAUUGUGGGGAAGGACAUAUGGUUCGACAAAAGUUAUUACGUUUGUGGUUAUUUUAUUGAUUCA